UUCAUCUUCAUCCCUCAGAGCCGCCAUUGAUUCAUCCCUAUCUUCCUUCUCUUCUCCAUUUCUCUUCCUUUCUCUGAAUACCCAUUUUGAGAUUUCGCUCUAAUGGCUCUUUCUUCUUCCAAUGUUUCUGUGUUUUCUCUCUCACCUGUUGUGGGUGAUGUUUCAAAGAAGCUUGUUUCUUCUUCUUCUUCUUCUUCUUCUAUGAGCUUUGUUCCCUCUUCUUCUUCUCCUUGUUCUCAGAGAAGGAGCUUGAAGGUUUCUGCUGUGGAUGCCACGGUGUCACUCACUGGGGUGAUCUUUCAACCCUUUGAGGAGGUUAAGAAGGAGGUUCUGGCUGUUCCUAUAGCUCCUAAUGUUUCCUUGGCUCGUCAGCGCUUUGAGGAUGAGUCUGAAGCUGCAAUCAAUGAGCAGAUUAAUGUGGAGUACAACGUUUCCUAUGUGUACCACUCCCUCUUUGCAUACUUCGACAGGGACAACAUAGCCCUCAAGGGGCUUGCCAAGUUCUUUAAGGAAUCAAGUGAUGAAGAAAGAGGGCAUGCAGAGAAACUGAUGAAAUAUCAGAACAUUCGUGGUGGAAGGGUGGUGCUGCACCCUAUUGUGAGUCCCCUCUCAGAAUUUGCCCAUGUUGAAAAGGGGGAUGCAUUGUACGCCAUGGAACUUGCUUUGUCAUUGGAGAAGUUGGUGAAUGAGAAACUUCUGAAUCUUCACAGUGUGGCGGAUCGUAACAAUGACCCUCAACUUGCAGACUUCAUUGAGAGCGAGUUUUUGGAUGAACAGGUUCAAUCAAUUAAGAAGAUAUCAGAGUAUGUGACUCAGCUGAGAUUAGUUGGAAAGGGUCACGGUGUGUGGCACUUUGAUCAACGCCUUCUUGAAGAGGGAGGUCAUGCAUGAUCAUGAACAGCAUGCAGCUUUCCACAUGUUUGAUGAAGUAGUAGCACGGUGUCUUGCAAUUUUAGCCCAGUGAAUAAGUGUAGUAUCUCGUAGGUAGUGAAGAUGUAGGUGGUGUGUGUAUCAUAGCUUGAUUGUAGAAGACUUGAGUCAUUAUUCUGUGCAAUGCAAUCAUGUGUGUUUGUAGCUUCGAAUUACUUUGUUUUAGAAAUAAAAAUGCAACAUUAAACA